GCUUCGGUCCACGUUGGUGCUUUUUCAGAUGCGGCUGGAUGUUCCUCCUUCCGCAAUGAAGCAGACGUCUCAGGUGGCUGGAUAUUGGUAGCGCGAAUCUCUCAGUGUGAGAUGCGGGAACACCCAGUGUGAGAUGUGGAAAAGAUGUGCGGGCUGUGACCCUCUGAGGUUGGAUCCUGGGACACCACCCAUGUCUAAAUCAGAUAAAGUGAAUCAGGGAAUCAAGUUGUCAGGGUUUAUGAGAAGUUGAGCGAGUAUUUCUGUUCUGUGCUCAGAUGUUUGGUUCUGAAGUCUCUUUGGAAGCAAAGCAGAGAAUGAGUUCCCAUUCCAUCCCUCACAGAGAGAGGCUGUGAUUAAAUUUGCACCAGUAGACAUAGACCGGGGUUUCAGAAAUCAAUUCACGUUUUGAAGUUCCCCCUCAUUCUCACCUGUCUAUCUGCCAGUGGGAGCCAAACAGAAACGCAAGAUGCUGAAGAUGGAACAGAACAUGGAACAGUACAUCACAGGAACAGGCCCUUCGGCCACAAUGGUGUGCCAGACCAGCUGAAAAAUAAAUCAACCCCCGCCCCCGUAAAAUCUAGGGUUGUUGCAGGUGGGGUGAAGUUGGGGCGGCAGUGAUUAUUUACACCAACUGAAUAACAACAAGCCUGGAUACAUUGGGAAUGGAGAGUAUGUCUGGAUUAGACGGAGAGUCUGGGAUCUGAGAGUGCUGCCUCAGGAUAAAGAAACUUCACUUUCAAACUGAGAUGAGAGACAUUACUUCAGCCAAAGGUUGUUUGAUCUGUGGAAUUUAUCACCACAAACAGUGGUGGAGGCUAUCUUUGGGUAUAUUCAUGUUCUGGAUUGACAAAUAGGUUGAGAAUUAUAGCAGGAAGCAAGAAUACGGUGUUGGAAAGUAAUCCUCCAUGAUUGAUUAGAGAGCAGACUAGAAUGACUUUAUCACAUAAUUCUCCUGUUAUAAAUUAUGACUUGUAUCUUAUACUAUGACUGAAUGAUGACUUCCUUGUAUUCCAUCACGAGCAAGAGAAAAUCUUCAGAUGCUGGAAAUCCAAGCAACAGCCACAAAAUGCUGGAGGAACUAAGCAGCUGGAAGAGAGGAGCGUUGACAUCCAGAUGCUGCCUGGCCUGAUGAGUUCCUCCAGCAUUUUGUCUGUGUUCCUUUGUAUCCCAUAUCAGGUUUUGUAAAGUUUGAGGGACAGUUACUGAUUUCUUCACUCGGAUCAUGACAUAUGCGUUCAAAAUUUAAAUGUCAGGUUAACGCUUUGUUCUCGUUUGUUUUAGUAACAUAAUUCAUUACUUCUUUCGUUGAAGUUAGACCUGUGGUGAGAGAUUUAUUGGAAGAGACGCCCACAACUGGAUGCAAACCACAACUGAAAACAAGGGAACAGCAACAAGUGAACCAGCCCGAGGACGGAGAUCAUCAAUUCGACAGAACCCUUCUGACUCGGAGUUUCCAUUAAUUCAGUCAGGAGAAAGUUCGGUCAUUGCCAGCAGGUGGGGCGUGCUUCCACCCGGACGUCAGACAAACAGACGAUAAUCAACCAACGUCAGUCAGAGUCAGAAUGGACACGGAUCUGAACUCCGCCAUCUCCGCCUUCCUGUCAAAUUGUGACGAUCACCAACUGUUUUGGUUGACGAGAUUCUACAUGGAGCGACUGGAGCAGGCGAUUGAGGAGGGCGUGGAGGGAGUCAGCUUCAUGUUAAUGGGCGAGGAUCACUUCACCGGGCAGGAGUAUCACAGCGUGACUGAGCUCGCGAAGAAGGGAAACCGAGCGGGCGCUUCCAAACUCCUCCUGGAUCUGGUGAUGGAGAGAGGCUCCGGGGCCCGGAAGGUGAUGUGGGAAUCCUUUGUGAAACUGCACCACCAUUUACCGAAGCUGAGCAGAAUAUUGAAUGAAAUACGGGAGCGAGGUGACGGCCAGUUCGCCUACAUGGAAACUGAGCGGGAUUUCUCUGAAGUGCCCAAACAUCUGAAAGAUGUUCGAAGGAAACACAUGGAGACUCUGCGGACACAAACUGAAACACUGAGAGUGAACACGAUCCUGAUGAGGGAGAAGGUGAAGGUUUUCCAGCUGGUUGAUCGAUACGCUGAGCUCACGGUCAUUUCUACUGUUCGAGAUCGGACACUGGUGGAACAUGAGCUCCUGACAAGAGGCAGAGAACACGAGGAGUGGAGAGAAAAAGGUCUCCGUGAAAUUGAAAAGAUCUAUCUUUAG